UAAAUAUUUAGAUCGCGGCGGGCGGACGGACGGACGCAUUAGCGCAGGCGGCGUCAGCUCACGAGGCCUUGCCGCCCAAUUAACAUCGUAUUCGUUCAAGUAUUCGGUUGGCGGUGGUCGAUUUGUGCUCGCUGUUGUCAUGUCGGUGGAGAUGGACGAGUUGAGGCACCAGGUGAUGAUCAACCAGUUCGUGUUGACCGCUGGCUGCGCCGCGGACCAGGCGAAGCAGCUGCUGCAGGCGGCGCAUUGGCAAUUCGAGACUGCACUGAGUACGUUUUUUCAAGACGGGAAUAUGCCCCAAAGUCAUCAGUACCACCAGAUGAUGGGCACCCCAGCCAACACACCAGCAACGCCGCCAAAUUUUCCCGAUGCGCUGGCCAUGUUUUCGCGACUCAGGACAUCGGAAGCCCUCCAGGGUGGCAGCCCCGCUGCCAUGGCCACCUCGCCGCCAGCCUUUGGCAGCUGUGGCGGCUACAGCAACUACGGUCAGCUAUGGGCCGCGUCAGCCUCUUCCCCACCCAGCAUGGGCGCUCGUGUCCCGAUGUCUGGUGGCACCGUGGCAGCUACAGCAGCGAUGUCUCCUCCCCUCAUGCUCCAUCCCAGGAUGCAACCUGGAGCACCUGCACAAAUGCACUACCAGCAACCGCAAGCAAACCACGUGCCAGAGGCAGAGAGAUGACUUUCAGCACCAAAGGACAACUUUUAGACCUUGUGCAUUCAAGAUUAAUUUUGCAUUGUAAUGGGACGGUUAUUGAAACGUGAAGAAAGCUUGGCUUAAAACUUUCAUUGUUGAUUUCCCUCUUUAUUUGGAAUUGCAGCGUUUUGGAAGGCCGCAAAAUUACAGAAUGGUUUGUCUUGUUUUAGUGCUGUGGUGAAGUAGUUAAUUAUGGUGUUCAUGAUAUUGGGUUUGCAGCAAGCCUGUGUGGUAUAAUUGCAUACUUCAUUUUGUGAAACACAUUUUGAUCAGGGAAAUGUUUAGCUGUCUGGUGUAAAUGUGCGUCAGCUCAUAACUUCGCUUUUUGGUAACGUGGUUUAAACCUCCCAUUAAGCUAAAUAAUGAGAAACAUUUUUUCAAAAUGUAUGCUGCAUCUUUGAUAUACUUUAGGCUUUUGUAAAAAAAUUAUGGGAUUUUAAACAAAAAGCAUGAGAGUGCAAUGUUUAAAAAUGAAAUUUAGCAAAGGUCGUAACUGCACUUAUGUGAAUAAAAUCCGUUUAAUAAUUGCAUAGGAAUAGUUAUUGGUUUAUCAUUAGAGUUAUCUUGUUUUUAUACGUUUUGGAGGAAACUCGAUUAACUUUAAGUAUAACAAGUCUUUUAUUCUCAGUUUUCAUACAAGGAAAAUUCAGUUCUUAUCAGUAUUCCUCAGUGCUGUCAGUGUUUCUUCAUAGCUGACAAGGUGGUUAGUCACAUUUACAUUAUAUUUAAAAUGUAAUUUAAAAAACAUAUCUGAAUUUAAAUAUUUUUUUCUUUCUUUAAAUGCGAAGGUAUGACAACAAAGUAUGAUAUUUGCCAUUAUGAAAUUGCUAUUAACUUGGACCUUUUAAAAAUCUACAAUUGAGAUUACUCAAUUACUUAUAAAAUAAAAUUGUGAUUUCAUUGGCAAGGUGAUAUUAAAUGCUGUAGAAUUAAAUGUUGUAACUAACAUUGGGGAAAGAACCUUUAUAUGAUGCAAACAUCGCCGAUCGUUAGAACCGUCGACGAGCUCUUUUAUAAUGAUGAUUUUACAUUGAUAUUGAAACACUGGUCAGCACACUGAUAACCAGCAAUAGCAUUGCAACACCUAUUGCCAUCAAAACGUCACAUUUUCAUUUGUUUGUCAGGAAACAUUUUUAAAUGCAUGCCAUGGUUUGGCAAUGUAGCACAUUGUUAAUAUAUUGUCAUUUGAGUACGGUGGUUUUUAAUAAUACACUUUAUGUGCGAAAAAAUGAAAAUAGCAUUCAUUGUUUUGGCUGUAUUUGUACAUCCUUUCACCUACAUAGUUUUGUUAAACUUUUUUCCAUACAUAAAUCGUCCUUUCUUUUGGUCAGUCUUUUGUAUUAAAGUUUUCUACCUGCUUUUAUGGCCACAGGGCCAGCCGUGGUUUUCUUAGAGAGGAAGGCAGGCUUUGAACUUGUUUGUGUUUUUCUUUCAUAAAGCACAGUUAAGACCCGCAUAAUAGCACUCCAGAUAAAGUCACCAGCUAAUUGUCAUAAAAUGUGACAAUAAGGCAUCUUAAUCAUGUUGGUUUAAUGCCUUUUAAUGUCAUCUCCGUGAAAUCACCUCUGCAUAUUGUGAUGCAAUUUUGGAGACUCAAGUAGCAUAUUACGCGGGUUCCAAAGUGGCCUACUUAUUUCAUGGAAAUAGUUACUAAUGUAUCGCUUGUAGUGACCGAUUUAUGAUGUGUGUUCCUCGUGCUUGUCGUGCAUCGUCACAAACGUUUGGGAGCGCUGCAUUCAGAGAUUAGCGCAUGGCUUGUGUGAAAAAUAAAAUUCUUAGUUAUUUUUCA